AUGCGCUUGUCGGUGUUGGUCUUGCAGCAGAGCGUUACGUUAACCCUUCGCCAUCUCACCUCCGGUUGGUUUUUUCGUGGUUGUGGGUGCUCGUCGUCUGCCUGCAGCUUGGGCUACAGGAGUGAGAUCGCGAGUCAGCACACGGCCGGUGACAUCGGAUCGCCGUUAGAGUGGCUCGCAGAAGAGGUGAAGGACGUCGAGAUGGGAGACGCCUCUUCCGAAGAGGCCGCAAACACGGGGGCGCUGUCCUCCCUCUCGGCCAACGCUACCAGCAGGCACGACAACGGCAGUCGGCUCUUCGGCCGGACCCUGAACCGCACGCUAACGUCCUCGCCGCCGUCGACGGAGCGGAGGCUAACGGCGACAUCGCCGCCGCUGCCGCCGCCGGCACCGGCAGCCUCGUCGUCGGGGCUCAACUCGCCCACCACCUCCCUGUCCCCGGCGGCGGCCGGGGGGGCGGCGGCGGCGGCAGUCGCGGGGCAGCUGCCGCCGAAGGCGGCAACGACAACAACGUCGGCGAGACCGCCGCGUGCCCAGCAGAAGCAGCGCAGGCCGCCGCCAACGCCUUGGGCCCCGUGGAGGAGACAACCGUCGGAGCCGUCUAUCGCGCCGGUUUCUUCAUCGCCUGCGGAGACGGCGGAAAUGGUGAACAUGGAAGAGGGCAAUGCCGGUGCCGUGGCAGGGGCAGUGGCUACCGCGGGGAUACGGGGGGGUGGUCCCUGCAUCGCGGCCCGGGCGAUCCCGUCCCUGAACUCGCUCGAGUCGCUGGUGAUGCUCAUGCCGCCGUCGCCUGCGACGCCUCCUGAGGAGGACUGCGAUGCUGGGCCGGGGCCGUUCGGCAAGCAGAAUCCUUUGGCCGCAGCGGGGGGGUUACAAGCCGGAGGAGCAGGUGCCCGAAUGGGAGAUGGAACUACCGUGGACGAGGAGGAGGAGGAGGAGAAGAAGGAGGGGGAGUUGGGAGACGGUAAGCCCGGGGUCGAAACGUGCGCGCAGUUCGCCGAGAAGAGCGGCUUCGUCCCGUUUCGCGGGUACCAGCCCAGCGACGCGUGGCUGGCCGUCGCGAUGCAGAAGGAGGAGAAGCAGAAGGGGGAGGAGGCGGAGAAGGCUCGUCUGGCAGGGCAUCCCGCGCUGGGCAGAGCGGUGCCGUUGAAGGAAAUAAUCCACGAGGAGAAAAGCGUCGCGAGUCGAACAGAACGGACAACGGCGAAGGCUAGGUUCGCGAGAAACCACACCCUGGUGCAGCAGUCUUCGGAGGCGGGGCCCCUCGGCGAGCGCAAGGUUCCCGGGGAUGGAGACACCUCUCCCCGAUCCCCGUCCGUAACUUCGGCGUCUCCGCAGCAGCCUCCUGGUCCUGGGCUGCUGCCAGAUGGAGCGUUUCGCCGUGAGCGGGAGGUCUCGCCGCCACCGUCGCGGCCUUCGCCGCUGCCCCUGUCCAUGUCUUCGAGCUCGUCGCGGUCGUUCAUGCCGCCGGCGUCGCCCGCGAACUCGACUUCCCUGGCCGGGGCGGAGUGUUGUUCGUCGCAAUCCCCGGCGGCGCCGUCGCAGAGAUCGUCGUUGAAGGGUUGCACGUCGCCAACAGCGUCUCAGCUCUCGGCGUCUCCCUUGAAAGGCUGCUUCUCUCCGGUAGCGGAGUCGCAGCUUUCCACCUACUCUGAGGAGGAGGAGGAGGACGUUGACGUGGACGUGGAGAUUGCGCGAGCAUGUGAAGAAGAAGGGCUGGCGCCUUUCUCGGGGUCUCCUUCUCCCGAGAAGGAAUUGUUGGGCUGUUCGAAUACGGCGGCGGAGGAACAAAUCGCGACGGAAGAACAAAUUGCGGCGGGAGAAAAAAGUGGAGCGGAAGAAGGUUCGCCUUCGCCUUCCACCUCGGCAUCACCACCAUCACCCCAACCGGUGGUGGCCCAGCGCCGCUGCGUUGCGGAGGUCGGCAGCGAGCCGCCCGGCGCGGUGGCCGGCGGGGUCGCCACCGGCACCGGCACGGGCAGCAGCGCCGACAGCGGUAGCCGUGACCAAGCCGCGGAGGAGAAGAGAGGUCCGCCGGUGUCCCCGGCGGAGAUACCGUUACCCCCUUCACCGCCUCAACCUCCCCCUGGCCGAUCUCCGACACGACCACCGCUGCCAGACGGUGACUCGACCCAUGCCGUUGAUGAGACUCCCGAACGCCUCCGGUCACCGGUGACGACGCCGCCGCCUGCGGAACGCCCGGAAAGAGCACGGAAGGCGCCUCGGAUCGUUGCGAGAAAGACCGGGCAGACGAAACGGCCAAGGCUGAGUCGGAUGGCUGCCGCAGGUGCGGCUCCGCCGUCUGCAGCUGUGUCGUCGUCAGUGGAGAUGAAGGCGCCGCCGCCGCCGCUCUCCUUCACCACGGUCGGGGCGCCGCCGUGCCACCUCCUGUUCACGCCGCCGUCGCCGGCCGGGGGGUCUAGCUCGGCGUCGCCGACUUCUUCAUUCCGGACUUCGCCGGUGCCGCGGCCGCCGCUGCUGCCGCCGGCCGUGGUGCUCUCGGGGAGAGACUUGCCCCCGUCCGACCCCGCCGCCGCCGCUCUGCUGGCGUGGUCGCUGUCUGAUUCCACUCUGUCUGGCUGCUCUAGACCCGGCACCGGGGGUGGCGGGGGGGGAACGAGCUCGAUCCCGGUGUCCGUUUGCUCGGAGGCCGCCUCGCCAUUGGUCGGGAUGCGGUUUGUUGUGAAGGACGGUGGCGGCGGCGGCGGCGGCGGCGGCGGGGGGGGUAGUUGCAGCUCGAGGUCGAGGCCGAACUCGUGGUCGGACCACGGGGGAGGGGUCCCGCUGAUUGGAGUGAGGGGGUCCCCCCCGCUUGGCCACCCGCCAAGCUUGCCGGUGGCACUGUGCGGGGUGGGGCGGCCGGCGGCUUCGGCGGAAGAGGAGGAGGGUGCCGCUGCCGGUGCGGGCCAUGUUGCGGCGGCGGUUGCCGGGGCGGGGACUGCCGGUGUUGUCGACGAGUCGAGCUGCGAAGGCGGGGUUGGGGGCCGUAGAGGAAAGAGACCAAGACGCUAUUUUUUCCCGUAG